ACACCUGGGUGCCCAAUUCCCAGGAUUACCUGUGCAGCCACUGACCUCUGCAUCUGGACAGUUGUGUAGACAAAUGUCACCAAGAGAUGUGGCUGUUCUGCUCCUCAGUGUAAUAUCCAUCUUUUCCAAUUCUCCAUCCACAGGGGAUUUCCAGCCUGUUUGCACAGGAAUAACCCUGUUCCUGGAGCCUGUGGGUGGUGAGGAGAGCCCAGGGUGCAGGGAAGGUGAUGGCAGUGCAGGUGAGCUGGCUCAGGGUGCUCGGCUGGGCUGUCACCAGCUGAGAUGGAUGGUGUCUCCAGGGGUGCUGGAGGCUCAGAUCCACCCAGCUGCUGCUCAGGGACUGUGCUGAUGGAUCAGACAGCGAGCUGGAGCUGCAGGCUCCCAUGGAUGCUCCCAGGGGAUGCUCGGAGAUGUCUCAGGGGUCGGUCCCAGCUGCAGCGAGGUGACAGCGAUGAAGCACAGGUGGGUGACAGGAGGGACAGCAGGUACUCCCUGUCCUCCUCAGGGCCUGGCACAGCUUUCCUUCUGUCCCUGCCUCUGUGCCAGUGGCUGUGCUGCUUUCAGGGGACACAGCAGUGCCUGUCCCUGCUUCCAGCCCGGGCUGUGCCGUGCUGGGGGACACGGCAGCGACACGUGCGCUAUCGAGGCCACGCACAGCGCCGGGGCAGGAGGAUGGGAAUUCAUCAGCAGCUCCUUCCCGGCUGAGCAGCAGGCAGGUGAUGCUUCUCCUUCAUCCAGGGACAGGCAGGUGAUGCUUCUCCUUCAUCCAGGAACGGGGUUGCGUUAAAGAGAGACUGCAAUGCCAGCAUCCCAGCCACGGUCCAGGGCCAGAGACAGGAACAAUGUCCUCAACAGGGCUGAGUUCCUGUCCCUGAACCAGCCCUUGAAGGGGAACCAGGAGGGCAGGAGCUCCAGCAGGAAGCAGAGUGGCCAGGCCGGGCCGGCCGGUGGCCCGAGCGCCGGCCCCAAGGAGCGGAGGCAGUCGCAGCAGCUGCCCGAGGAGGAUUGCAUGCAGCUCAACCCCUCCUUCAAGGGAAUCGCCUUCAACUCGCUGCUGGCCAUCGAUAUCUGCAUGUCCAAGAGGCUGGGGGUGUGUGCCAACAGAGCCUCCUCCUGGGGAGGGGCGCGCUCCAUGAUCAACCUGCUGGGGAUAACGGGGCACGGCAUCCCCUGGAUCGCAGGCACGCUCAUCUGCCUGGUGAAGAGCAGCACGCUGGCGGGCCAGGAGGUCCUCAUGAACCUGCUGCUAGCCCUGCUCCUGGAUAUCAUGAUUGUGGCAGGUUUGCAGAAGCUGGCCAAGCGGAAGGGCCCGUACGACAUCAACCCCGGCCUCUUGGACUACCUGACCAUGGACACCUACGCCUUUCCCGCCGGCCACGCCAGCAGGGUGGCCAUGCUCUCCAAGUUCUUCCUCAACCACCUGGUGCUGGCCAUCCCCCUGCGCAUCCUGCUGGUGCUCUGGGCGCUCUGCGUGGGCUUCUCGCGCGUCAUGAUCGGACGGCACCACAUCACGGAUGUUCUCUCGGGCUUUGUUUUCGGCUACCUGCAGUUCAGGCUGGUGGAGUUGAUAUGGAUGUCAUCCAACACGUGUCAGAUGUUGAUAUCCAUCUGGUGAACGUGGAGGACUUGGAAACUAGAAGAUACUUUGAGAGUUCCGCCCCCGCUCCUCCCAGUAUUUUCUACGUGUUGUUUGUUGGAAGCAGUUGUAACUUCCAUGAGUAGUGGUGUUUUUUAAUGUCGCUUCCCCACCUUUAAAAAAAAAUAAUUCUUGUAAUGGAUUGGGUUUUAGCAAUCAAGGCCAUACCUGUGUUUUGGCCAUAUUCUCAAGCUGUGUUUGGACAGCAGCCUAAUUAAGCUUUACAGGUGAGAGAAAUGAGCUCCAUGUCUGCCUUCUUUAGGUGGUUCGCACUGGCACCUUGAUAUGUCCUCAGGAUGGGCAGUGCCUGAGAGCUUCCUGAGAGCACAUUCGGGAACUUUUUAGAGGAUAAAUUAUUUUGGCCACAGUGCUUUUUUUUUUUUUUUUUCUUUUUGUAAGCCCAGCAGUUGUGUCUUGUACAGAGUCAGGACACUGCUGGUGCUUUACAGAUAAUAAAUAAUCGUGAAAAUCC